UUUUACAGUUUAGUGCUUGUGUUUAUACAAUAUAUUUUACCAUUGGUGGUGAUCAGCUUUUGCUAUUUUAGAAUAGCUUGCCACAUCUGGGGAGCUAGGGCACCAGGAUGUAACAUGAACACCGAAGACGUCAGAACUCGCAACAAAAAGAAGGUAGUCAAGAUGAUGAUUAUCGUGGUUUGUUCCUUUGUACUAUGCUGGUUACCACUUCAAGUCUACAAUCUACUAAAUGUAUUGUAUCCAGCUAUUAAUUUAUACCAUUAUAUCAACAUCAUUUGGUUAAGUUCCAACUGGUUUGCUAUGAGUAAUUCAUGUUAUAAUCCUUUUAUUUAUGGCUUAUGUAACGAAAAGUUUAAGAGAGAAUUCCGAAUCCUGUUUUCAAUGUGUCCAUGUAAAUGUGUACAACCAGAA